UUCACCCUCGCUAUAUAAACUCCACCUUUUUCUCUGCGCACCACUUCUGCCUUCUCUCUGAUUCCUCAACGUCAGCCCGAAGGAAAAGCAGACAAAAUGCGUGAGUGUAUUUCUAUGCAUGUCGGCCAGGCCGGAACCCAAAUGGGCAAUGCGUGCUGGGAGUUGUAUUGCCUGGAGCAUGGGAUCCAGCCGGACGGCCAGAUGCCGAGUGACAAGACCCUGGGUGGAGGAGACGACUCCUUCAACACCUUCUUCAGUGAGACAGGAGCAGGGAAACACGUCCCCAGAGCCAUCUUUGUCGACCUGGAGCCCACUGUCAUCGAUGAGGUUCGUUCAGGAACUUACCGCCAGCUGUUCCACCCUGAGCAGCUGAUCACAGGCAAGGAGGACGCUGCCAACAACUAUGCCCGUGGACACUACACCAUCGGCAAGGAGAUCAUCGACCUGGUGCUGGACAGGACGCGCAAACUGGCAGAUCAAUGCACCGGUCUCCAGGGCUUCCUCAUCUUCCACAGCUUUGGAGGAGGAACCGGAUCUGGUUUCACCUCCCUGCUCAUGGAACGCCUCUCUGUCGACUACGGCAAGAAGUCCAAGCUGGAGUUUGCCGUCUACCCGGCUCCCCAGGUGUCCACAGCUGUGGUGGAGCCCUACAACUCCAUCCUAACCACCCACACCACCUUGGAGCACUCUGACUGUGCCUUCAUGGUAGAUAACGAGGCCAUCUAUGACAUCUGUCGCAGGAACCUUGAUAUCGAACGUCCCUCCUACACCAACCUCAACAGGCUCAUUGGUCAAAUUGUCUCCUCCAUCACUGCCUCCCUGCGCUUCGACGGAGCUCUGAAUGUGGACCUGACAGAGUUCCAGACCAACUUGGUGCCCUACCCCCGCAUCCACUUCCCUCUGGCCACCUAUGCCCCGGUCAUCUCUGCUGAGAAAGCCUAUCACGAGCAGCUGUCUGUGGCUGACAUCACCAACGCCUGUUUUGAGCCUGCCAAUCAGAUGGUGAAGUGUGAUCCUCGUCAUGGUAAAUACAUGGCCUGCUGUCUGCUGUAUCGUGGUGACGUGGUGCCCAAAGACGUCAACUCUGCCAUCGCUGCCAUCAAGACCAAACGCACCAUCCAGUUUGUGGACUGGUGUCCCACCGGCUUCAAGGUGGGCAUCAACUACCAGCCCCCCACCGUGGUUCCUGGAGGAGACCUUGCCAAGGUGCAGAGGGCCGUGUGCAUGCUGAGCAACACCACCGCCAUCGCAGAGGCCUGGGCCAGGCUGGACCACAAGUUUGACCUGAUGUAUGCCAAGCGGGCCUUCGUGCACUGGUACGUGGGAGAGGGCAUGGAGGAGGGAGAGUUCUCCGAGGCCAGAGAAGACAUGGCCGCCCUGGAGAAGGAUUACGAAGAGGUGGGCACAGACAGUGUUGGAGAGGAGGAUGAGGAAGGGGAGGAGUACUAAAGGGAUCAACAUAAGCUAACAUUCCAGAUGUUUACAGAAAAGUAGACAAAAUUCCCCGCAACAAUGUUGUCCAGCUGUGCGACCAGUUGUCAUGUCAUGUUGUGACAGUGUCAAUAAACAAAACUUAAACCUU